AUGGCUCGAAGGCUCGUUCAUCAAGAGGUCAAGACCUUAAAUCAUGGUGUGGACAAAGUGUGGUUCAUAAUAUCCGACUUUUCGGGCGUUGCAACAUGGGCACCUACUGUCUCGGAAUGUACGGUGGAGGGAGAGGGCCUUGGAGCGGUUCGAACACUAUCGGAGUCGGGCGUCAGCUUCCAAGAGAAGCUCGAGGUGUUAGAUCAGACCUCUCACACUAUUAGCUACCACAUCAUUGACCCGACGCCUUUUCCGAUGACUGGCUUUUAUGGAACCCUGCAUCUGGAGCCAGAGGCCUCGGGAAAGACCAUCUUAACCUGGACGGCAGAGGCCGAGUCUAUCGAUGAUGAAGGCCUCAAGGUUGUCGCCCCGGUCAUGAAUGGAUUCAUCAACACGUCCAUUGCCGGGCUUUGCGCAGCACUUGACAAGAAGACUGAGUAA